CUUCCGGGCGGGGGGGGGAUGAGGGGGGGGCAGGUUUGCGCUUCCGGGCCGGCGCCGGGGCCGAUCCCAGCCCCGGGAGGGGAAGGGGGCAAAAAGCUUUCAGACGUUACAACCUCAGAGGAAAAGCAGAGAACAAAGCCACCGACCCCACUUCCUCCCGGUGCAUGGUGCCGUUAACGUGACAGGUAUGGCAUCGGACUGACCGCGUCUGAAGUUCUGCUCUUAGCCGGGUGUUGGCGUGGAUCUGCAGGCUGCAGCUGCUUCUUGUCUUUUGUGGGUUUUGUUGCUUUCUCUCUAAAGAUAGGGCGAGGGGAGAAGAAGCCUUCAGAUGUGGCAUUGUUAAGUUGCACCUUGGGAAGUUGGAUGCACCUCUGAUCUCAUCCCCCCCUCAGACAGGCAGCCGUCGCCUCAUUUAGCAAUCCCUGUGCGCGACCUCAGGAGAUUGACAGGCUGUUCUGCAGCUUCAGGUUUAGUAACAUAUUUUGCCAAGUUUGCACAAAGUCUGUUCUGGCAUACGAACAUGCACUAUCCUGCAGCGCUCGUAGCUGAAAAAGAAAAAAUGUGCCGAAGCUCUAGGCCCCCGUCCUCCGAAGGCACAUGUGCUUAAGCUGAAGCGUGUGCUAGUCCCUCUUAUUCUGAGAUUUCUCAGAGUAGGCACUAUCAGCUUUAGUAUUCCUGGACUGCCCGAAAUUGUUUAGAUAUCUGCAGCACUCUGCCUAAUCAACACUUCAGAUGCCAUCCAACUGGGAAGCAGCUCGUGCCACGAGAGGUCUUUAAUGAAGCGGGACAGCCAUGGAGAAGAGUGGGAACAUUCAGCUGGAGAUUCCUGACUUCAGUAACUCUGUCCUGAGCCACCUGAACCAGCUGCGCAUGCAGGGCCGUCUGUGUGACAUCGUGGUUAACGUGCAGGGGCAAGCCUUCCGCGCUCACAAGGUGGUGCUGGCUGCCAGCUCGCCCUACUUCCGCGACCAUAUGUCCUUGAACGAAAUGAGCACAGUUUCCAUUUCUGUCAUCAAGAACCCAUCUGUUUUUGAGCAGCUCCUUUCCUUUUGUUACACCGGUAGGAUAUGCCUGCAGCUGGCUGACAUCAUCAGUUACCUAACGGCCGCCAGUUUCUUGCAGAUGCAGCACAUCAUCGACAAAUGCACGCAGAUUCUCGAGGGAAUUCACUUCAAAAUUAACGUGGCAGAGGUGGAAGCGGAGUUGAGCCAGACCAGGACAAAGCAUCAGGAGAGACCCCCGGAGUCUCACCGGGUGACGCCAAAUCUCAACCGUUCCCUGAGCCCUCGUCACAACACCCCGAAAGGGAGCCGCCUGGGCCAGGUUAGCACAGUGCUGGACAUCCGGGAGCUCAGCCCGCCGGAGGAGUCCACCAGCCCCCAGAUCAUCGAACAGAGCUCGGACGUGGAAAGCAGGGAACCCAUCCUGCGGAUCAACAGAGCGGGACAGUGGUAUGUCGAGACGGGAGCGGGAGACCGCGGCGGACGGAGCGACGACGACGUCCGGGUGCUGGGAGGAGUGCGCAUUAAAAUGGAGAACCUGGAGGAGUGGCUAGGGGCAGAGAAUCAGCCGUCAGGAGAAGACGGGAGCAGUGCUGAGGAGGUCACAGCGAUGGUGAUCGACACCACGGGCCACGGAUCAAUGAGCCAAGAGACUUACGCGUUAGGGUCCUCAGGGGCCAAAGCAGUCAGGCCGACCAGCAGUGAGAUUGACAGAUUUAGCCCUUCUGGCAGCAUGGUUGCUGUGACUGAGCGGUACAGAUCAAAAAGCGAGUCUCCCGGGCGGAUGGAUGAGCCCAAGCAGCCCAGUUCCCAGGGGGAAGAAUCACCCAUGAUUGGAGUGAGUGGUUACGUGGAAUAUCUCCGGGAGCAGGAAGUUUCAGAGCGCUGGUUCCGGUACAACCCACGGCUCACCUGCAUUUACUGCGCCAAAUCCUUCAACCAGAAAGGCAGCCUGGACCGGCACAUGCGGCUCCACAUGGGCAUCACGCCUUUUGUCUGCCGCAUGUGUGGGAAGAAGUACACCCGCAAGGAUCAGCUGGAGUAUCACAUCCGCAAGCACACAGGCAACAAGCCCUUUCACUGCCACGUCUGUGGCAAAAGCUUCCCUUUCCAGGCCAUCCUCAACCAGCACUUUCGCAAGAACCACCCUGGCUGCGUGCCUCUGGAGGGGCCUCACAGCAUUUCCCCCGAGACCACUGUCACGUCUCGGGGGCAGGCGGAGGAAGAGUCUCCCCCGCAGGAGGAAGCUGUUGCCGUGGGGGAGACGGCACAGGGAUCUGUGUCCACCACUGGGCCAGACUGAAAUGCAGCGGCAGGGUCUGGGGAGGAAGGACCAUCUUCCCGUUUUGGCUCUAGAGAGUCAGCACCAACCUGGCAGGCUGGUACUGUAAUUAGUGCAAUGCCACCAUUGGACAGAAAGAAGCUCCCAAGAUGUUGCCAAAAUAGAAAAAUCUUUCUCUCUCUCUCUCUCUCUCUUUCUCUCACAAGCCCCCACAAACAUAGUGUUAAAGGUUUUUCUCCCUUAUUCCUCAUCUUCUUGGGGAAAAACAAGACAACUGUGUCAAUCAACUUCUUAUUCAGGGAUCGACAGGAUUUCAAAUUUUUGUAAUGUUCGAUAGCGAUCAUCCGGGACAAGCAGUCCUUUUUAUUUCUCAAAAGAUUGUGGCCCAGCUGCCAAUUCCUGCCGGUGCAGAGCCAGUGAGCCUGGCUGCUCCUCGCUGUGUCUUCUGGCCCGCAUCAGAGGGGCAAGCAGGGGCGAGGGGCAGUUGCCUUUCUCCCUUUCCCAGGUAGUUGCCACGUUAAAGAAAACAAACAGACUGUCCUAGUGGAACCUGCCUUGCCUGACUAUAUUUAUCCCUGUCUUAUUUUUGGUGUGUCUCUUUUUACAUUUUUAUGUAAACUAUUAUUUUAGGGCUUUUGGCUUGCCCGUUCCAGGCGUGUGGCCUCCUGCCCCUUGUUAAAAGCGGGCACAGCUAUGAAGCAGUAUUCUAGAGGUCAGCAAAAUUUGAAGCACUUAGGCUACUGUAAGUGAAAUUUAGCAGCUGUGAGGUUUGCGUCACUCUAAUGUGUGGGGAGAAGGUUUGGAGGGGUCUUUCGGAGAGGGUUGUCCUCUGCUGGUGCUGAUCUGGAGAGUUUGGAGCGCUCUGACUUCCUGACCGGUGCGCUGCCGUGCUUCAGAUGUUGCCAAGCUUUAGGAAGAGGUUUGUUUUCUGGCUGAAUGGAGGAGUUAGAGGCUGGCUACCAAAGUCGUCCUUCACCCCAGCUCCCCCCUUGACACGCACUUGAUCUUUUCUAACAGCAAUAUGGUUUACUGAGAUACUGUAAUCCCAGCCAAGCAAUCAUGGGUGGUUGCUUUUGAACAUGUUUCUAUAAACUAGUUUGAUAACUUUUUUAUUGCUGAAAUGAAAAAAGAAAACCCUACUUUAUUUCCUCGUAAUGGUUCAGGAAACUUAAUAUCAGUGGUUCCUAGAGCAAUCACAACUCUGUCCCAUUGCAUGGACUUAAACUUUUGUAUUCUAAGAAGCUCUGAUGUUUAGAGCAAGUUUAGCAAACCUGGAGAGACAUGCCUGUGUUGUGUAUUGUAGGUGUCUGCACGUGCUUACGUGUUUCCUAAAUGGAAAAGCAUGGGACAGGUAGAUAAGUGCAAAUAUCUUGACAUCUUCUGAAGAAGUCUUUUUAAAAAUAUGCAAUACUUUAAGAGUUUUCUUUGGUUCUGUUGCUGAGUUGUUCAUGAUGGAAGGGGAAAAUGCACGACAGGUUGUGCACAUUGGGUUUGGGAGAGGACAUUUGGUUGAAGGGAUUCUCUUUAGGAUGUUUAAUGUGUGUCUUAGGGAAGGAUGAAGUUCUGAUCCUUAGGAUGAUGGGAGGAACAAUGAGACAUUGAAAAAGAAACACAUUCCAGCUUGCUUUCGCAAAGAAAGCUGGACAAGUGGUUACAGCGUGGCCUUGGCAGGCAGGAGGCUUUCUGAGUGCAAACAAAGCUUAUCCUGCUGUCUGCCUGCACAGCUUUGGGCAUGGGAAAUACUUCCUGGCCUCGCUUUCCCCACCUGCAAAUUGGGACUUGUGAUCAUUUUCCUGUCCCUUUAGAGGCAAGAAUUUGGAGAAGGGUGAAGCAGUCUUGCCCACCUUCCACUUUGAACAGGCGAAGGGUCUCGCUGUUCCUCCCACGUCUCUCUCAAAAGGCAGACGUGGCUCUGAUGCUGUGGUGUGCGGGGAGGGGAAGGGCUUGGUGCCAGGAUCAAGUGCACCAGGGACAUGCUCCUAAGAGAGGAGCCUUGGCAGGUGUUCUGAGCAGGGCACCUGCCCAGUGCAAGUUCCUUGACUGUUUCAAACAGGAAAACUGAUAUCUCCCCUUCCAUUUUCCUUCUGUCCCUUCUUCUUCCGCUCCUGUCAAGUGCAUCGUCACGCAGGGGAUGAUGUUCUGAGCAGCCAACCAAGGGACCAGCCCCGUUCAGUUUCCUGUCAAAGGUCAAACAGUAAGGUUGCCAGAGAGUAGUCGCAGAAGAUGAGAGGUAAGAGGGUGGCUAAGGUAGGUUUCGUUGCAAUCGAGGUGUGGGGAGGAGCAGAGAUAUGCAGAGUAUGCUGCUUUAGUCAUAGCUUUUGAAGUUACCAAAAAUCAUUAAGAAAAAAAGUUAAAAACUUUGAAGUCCUAUCCCGUUCACACUAGAGAGUGUCAAAAGUUACUUUUAGUUGCUUCAAAGAUUUUUAAAGUGUUUUAAAAUAGAACUUUUAAAAGAAUACUACCAAACUAUAAAAACAUAAAAUUAUUUAUAUACGUAUAUUAUAUAUAAAUAUAGUGGGAAAGUUUCCCUGCUAAGCUUGCUGUGAAGAGAAGGGUGAAGGUGCAGUAACUGCUAUACAAGCAACGUUUUUUGGAAACAGAUGGCAACUGAUCCAUCAAAGCUUAGUGAUGAAGGGCUGACAUAAAAUGGUGAAUGCCUUAUUUGUAUGGCAUAGCUGUGAGUUUCUUGAGCAGGUUUUUGUUUUACUGUAUUGAUACUGUGAAUGGAGGAGCAUCCUAGCAGCCCAGGGUGAGAUCGGUGCAUCCUGUUUGGCUGAUUUGCUACUUUUAAUUGGCCUGGUGAAAGUCAUGAAAUUGUUCCUUCAUGUUGUUCUAGGCUAGCCUGAAAAUAAAGCUUGUGAAAGGUUUUCUUUUUUUUUUUUUCUUUUUUUUUUUUUUUUUUGGUGCAGAGGUUGCCACUGUACAAAUGAUCAUUUCUGAUUGCAUGCAAAAGAGCCAAUAUUCUUGCCCAGGCCUCGUUGAGGUGAAGUUUAUAAGCUUGUAACUAGAGUCAGUAUAAGGAAUGGUAGUGGGAAUCAUUCUAAUAUUAUUUCUGUACAUUUAAUGGACAUGUAUGUGUACGUAUGUGUGGAAAUCAUGGCGUCUCUAAUGUUUUUGUGAGCCGUGCUGAAAGCCGUCGAGGCCAUUUGCGCUAGGAGAGGGAACCAGUUCAGGAGGAGUUGUUUGUUCAACUUUUCUUUCAGUGAUUGGCUUCCUCAGCGCAGAUGUGGCUGUGACUGCAGGAUCAGGGCUUGGAGGCUGUGUGCAGGAUGGAAAGACCUCGUGUGAGUUUUCCAGCAGCGCUGUAGCUGCUUGGGGUCGCUUCCCAUAGCGGUGUGGUAACAUCUUUUGUUGCAUCUCCAUUGGCAGACGCGGAGCUCUUGCAGCUCCACCGAAGCUGUGGAGAAACAGGUGCCGGCUUUCCGACUACAAGUGCUUCUGCGAUGGGUUGAGGCACGGCUUGGCAUUUCCACGUCUAGCUUUUUCCCUUUUGCCAAAACUGUGAUUUCAACUGUGAUUCAAGGAGGAUGUGAAGUGAACUGUCGUGUUUUAAUACCUCUGUAACUUUACAUUUCUGUCAGCUUCAGAGCUUAGGGCUUGCUAACCCGUUUGUUUGCUCGCCUCAGGCAGCAGGGGGAACGUGCUCUAUUUCUGCAGCCUUCCUUAUUGGAGGGGGAAUGCAUUUCGUAGGUCUUUGCAGUGGCAAGGAAACCUUCCCGAUGUGAAGUGUUGCGGUUCUCCCCGUGAGCCUGCAGAAAGCCCCAGUGCCAAGUCACAGCAGGGCAAAGCGCGCGGUGCUGUGGACGUUCCCUGCUGCUGCUGGGCUCCCUGUGAAUAGCUGUGAAAAUAACAGGAAUUGUGUUAAUACUGUGCUGCUGCUUCGGGGAAAAGCUAACAGUCUUCCUCUCGGGAGGAUGACUAGCGUAGAGCUGGAAGAGGGAAAAAAGCAGAACGUCUUUCUGCUCUCCUGCAGCGGGAGUGUGUGAAACCGGCCAAGGCUGCUUACUUGCAGCAGCUACAGAGGGGGGGUUGUGAAAUGUGAAUUUCUAACGGGAGGCAGAGAACAUGCUUGGCCACCUAAUGCCAGCCAGGGACACCGGCCUGCGCAGAGUCACAGCAGGUGAGGCAGAGCAGUCCCGAGGCGUGGCCGUGCCGCCCGCCGCUGGCUUCCCGGUGCAGCUCCUCAUCGGGCUGCUGCCGUCAGCUCGCGGCCCUUUGCCUCGCCGGUGUCUCCUCUGAAAUACUUCCAAGCUGUGAUCUGUUUAACUGAGCUUGCCGAAGUUUGGGUGGCUGAAGGCAGGAAGAAUAGAAAGCAUUUAGUGUUUCUGCUGCUGUUUCAAACCUGGCCGAGGUCGGCAGGGGCUGACCGUGGGCAUUGGACACACGCCGGGGGCUGGAAUGGCGUUUGGAGCAAGCUGCGGCCUCGUGGGAAGGCACAGCGGGGCAGGCGCGGAGCCAGGAUGUCAGCCCUCUUCAAGUCGAGGCCAAAAUACAUCAGUGAGACUGAUCUCUCUGCCCGGCCUGCUCUUGCUUUGUGACAACUCGGUGACUUUGUUUGCCAGGGCAGUUAGUCCCACGCCUUUCUGCAGUGAUGAUUUCACUUAAAAGUAAUAAUUUCACGUAAAAGUUUGACGUGCAGUUCUUUAAAUGAUUCUAAGCAGUCUGGUUCCUGAGAACAGCCCCUCUUUGGGUGAUGGAACCCAUGUGGUGCGUUUGCAAGAGCAGAGUUGUAGCUUUUAUUUGCUUGUGACUUCCUCUUCCCAGCAGAAGCCAGUGUAUAAAGAGACAACUGAAAAGGUGCAGUUGAUUUGGGUGGAAGGUAGCUUGCAAGAGAGACUGAGUCAUGCACCUUUAACACUGAGGAAAAUUAGCACCCCUUAAACUUAUUAUUUAAACUUUAUAAAAACCUGUUUGAUCCUUGACGUGCCAAAGUCGCUGUGCCAUUCAGGCAUCCGAGUGUUCCUGCAGAUAAGUGACACCAAUGCUGUUCUUCCCAGAAACUGUUUGGGGAUGGGACAAGUCAGAGAGCUGUGAUUCAGGAAACUUCUGGUGUUUCUUCUAGGCUUGGGCUCUGAGUUUCUGCAGUCAGAAACCCGGAGCCUUUGGGUGGAGCUGACUGCCGCUGUUAACUCUUCUGUAAGGUGGUGGUCCAGUGGUGAGCGUUACCCACACCAGGGGCUGAGAUCAUGCACAGGGCUUUGACAUCGUCAGCAGAAGGUCCUAAAGAGGAGCUAAAUAUCUUUAUUUUAAUCAUUGUCACUCAAAGGAUAUUUUAAUAUAAAAUGCAUACAUCCAUCUGUAUGUACAUUUAUAUAGAGAGAUAUAUUUGUAACCAAAUAAAAGCUAGAACUAUGCAAACACUACUGGCUGCUGCUUGAAACUAACAUCUACCAGAAUAUUUUGGAAUACUUUGGAGUAGAUUUGUUGCCUUUUCUUUUUUUUUUUUUAAUUUUAAAUAAUAAAAAAUGCAGCAGGGGCCAGAGUUUUGCUGCAGUUAGUCUCACUAGAUGCUUAGAUCAUUCUGAAUCUGGAAUCCACUCAUAAGUGGGUUAUAAAAGUAUCUAAAGAGUCCUCCAAACUCUAAAAUAUAUCCAGCUGCGUUAGUAUUAUUGCUGAAAGGCUUUCGUUUGCAAAACAUAGGAAAAUUCAGAGGCUGGGGCUGGGAGAGAUGGAACUGUGGUGUUUGGGAUGGUAGGUAGAGAAGAGGUAGAGUCAAUAAUGCGGGUGUUUGAAGAGGAAGGCCUGGGAGCAUUUUCCUUCUGGACAUAGGACUCAGUUGGCUGCAAGGCAUCUUCAUUGUGAACAUUUCCAUCAUUGGGAUGGAGGCUGUGAUCGAAGCAGGACUGGGCUGAGUUCUGGUCCCAGGGGAGGUACUGGAAAUCUUCCCGCUGAGACUGAUGGUGCCAGAGUUUAGCCUGCUGGGAGAAAUUUCAUGGGGUUUCUACCAUUUCUUUGUGUCAGAUCCGAUCUUUGCUUUUAGGUUUAACUAAAACAUGUCCAUCUGUAAUCUUCACUGACCCGUUUGACUUUUUGUUCUUAGGGACUGUAGAAAAUUCAGGUUUCUUUUAACAUUAUCCUCAUCCCAACUGUGAACAAGUUACUACUGCUUCUUCUAAUUUAUUGUCUUUCUGUUCCUGAACGUCUGUGUCAUCUGGCUGAUUACCAGUGCCACCGUGCAGUGCUCCAUUAGCUUUUAUGCACAGGGAAUUGUUGCAAUGGAUAAGUUGAUGAAGCUGGUUGGAAGAGUAGAAGCCUUUAGAGAGUAGCUUUUGCUUCCUCUAGCUGUCAUUAGGGAGUGCACACACACGUACCAGUAUAUACAUAUAUAUGUAUACAUAUAUAAAGCAUUUCAAUAUAAACUCAUUUAGCAUUAUUGUUUAAUUUAUAUUUUAAUCCAGUUAUAAACCAAAGUAUUACAGCUUGUGAAAUGAUGCUUCUUGGAAAUAGGAGGAGCUGUUUUAGGUGGGUUCUGAAAGAUCGUUGUUGACAAAAAUGCAGGUAAGAUGGAAGAACUUGUUCUGUUGAACCCUAGAGACUGGAAACCUCGGGUGGGUUUAGGACGUGCUAGUAAGGUUUGAUUGUGGGGAAGCAGUGUGGGUGGCCAUUUGAAACGCUGUUGUUUUUUUUCUCACGCAGUUUAACUUGGUGUUGGAGGAACUGCUACGGGAGCAGUGCGGCCUGGCGGCUGGCAGAGACAAGGCACUUGAGCUGCCUUUGCUGGAGGUGGUUUCAAUUCGUGCUUUGACCAUGUCUCGGCAGCGCUUCUGCUGCUGGACUGCCCCAGCAGAACCGCUCCAGAGCCCGAGCCGCCCCGCUGUGCCUGUUGGCCACAAAGCACGGCGCCUCUGCCCUGCCUGGUGAUUUGGGGUACUUUAAAGAAGAAUCAGGACUUCCUUACUGGAAUGCCUCGAGGAUUUCCCUGCAAGGGAACUGGAGGUGUGGCUUUGCCUUAUGCCUUAAAGUGGAUCUAAAGUGAUCCUCUGCCUGACCCUGUCCUGGUCAGUGCGGGAUUAGGGUGAGUUUUUGUUACCAAUGAGACAGACUGACUCGGUUCUGGCACUGGUUCUGCUUCUGUCCCCAGCGGCUUGCUGUUUCAAGCUGUGGUGUCUAACCGGGGUUGGAGGUAAGAGGUUCGCGUUGAGGUGGAGCAGAGCUGCCACUGGACCCAGUGCUCCAGGGCUUUGGCUCCUCUGUGCUGUCACAGUGAUUAAAGCCAGCCCCGAGGGAGUUUUCAGGGCCUUCUGAAGGCUUCUGGACAUCUUUGACGUACAGAGAAGUGGUUUUGUUAAACAAAGUCAAGGCUUAAAGAUUGCAGUGUUCUCCAUGGCACUUAAGUGUUCUGUAGGAAAACAAGUAUGUUCUGGCAAGCCCAGAAGUAAAAAGGGAGAAGGUGGCAAAUCAGACCAUGGUCUGGCACAAGCGGGAGCUUGAGAGAGGAGGCCACAAAAACAACUGCCAGUGUGUUUAGUCUCUAGCUUACUCUUCUAAGAGUAAACUUCUAAAAGAGUAAAAAAGGCACUUGCUAUUUAGCGAUGUCUAGACGUGCAGGUGUAGUAACCCCUGAAGAGGUGCACGUUCUGUUGUCAGCAAUGGAAAGAGGAAAUGGGUUCAAAAGUGAAAUCUUGCUAUUUUUUUCUCUAUGGGGGGAGUAAUUGCCUUUCCGAGGAACUUACAAAUGCUACAACUUGACCACAAAAAGUCUCCUGCAGGCUUAGCAGCAGCCAUGCUUCCUCUUACUCUUCUGCUCAGCCUGCGUGCCAGAGGCUCUUUUUAUAGCAAACUUCCCUGCAUCCCUCCUAUCGAGCAGUGUGAUAUCGAGCAGUGUGAUAUCCACCCACCCUUGUUGAUUAAGUUCGUUUAAUACUCUCCAGUAGGAUUAGUGCGUACUCGCAGCUCCUGGUGUACAUGCAAUACAAUUUUUAGCUCCUGAGUUCAGAUCUGGCAAAUAUAAAAAGCCUGUAAGCUAAUCUAUUUCUAAUUGUAGUCACUGGGGACUGCGGGCUGAGUACAAGAGCCCUUCUGUGCUGCACCAGUGCCUAGCAAAGCGUCACGGCCUCUGCUUCGCUUGGGUUUUGUGAGGAAAGAAAUUCCAUCAGGCUGAGGCAUCCCGUAACCCUCCUUGGGGCAGGAGAACACUUCUCUGCCCUGGUGGCAGGGAGGAGAGGUACCUUAGACCGAGCUCUGGCUGCUAACUGGGCAGAACAGAGUUAUUGAGACAGUUGUCUGUAUGUGAAAUUUCUGCCACUUCUCUUUAAAUAACUGUCAGUAACAUAUAUCUGUACACGCAUAGCAUUAGUUUUACAGAAAGGUAGCCCUUUUCACUGAAAAUGCCCCAAACUGAAUGUUGAGUAGCAGCAGUGGGCUGCACGGAGCGGCUCCUCAGUGCUUAGGGGGUCGCUGCGGGGGUGCACCUGAGGCUUCGGGCGAGGGCGUUGUAAUUCCCUUCCCUUGUAAUUGCUCUGAUGGCUUUGGGACGCUGCCCACAAAGCUGCUUUUUUGUUUUUAAAGCUUUAAUUCCUAUCAUGGAAAUGCUGAGAAAUCACAGGUCCCCUCCUCCCCAAUUACUUUUAAGUUGCUUAGGUAAAUUUUGAUGUGGCAUGACAGCUUUCAGUUUGUGGUCUACAAGCAACGUCUCCGUGAACUAGCCCAGAAGAGCCAGCCUGCUGCCAACAGAUUUACAUCUGCUGUUCAGGCACCUGCGCUAGGAAACUUGUAGGGCUUGACAGACGAUGGGUUCAAGUCGGGGGCUGUAGGAUCUGAUGCUCGUAGCGGGGCUUCCAUGCUGCCGAGGGGCAGGGUUAGCUGGGGGACGAGAGCCGGGGGCUCUGCUGCAGCCUGGACCGAGUCACUGGGUGCUGGUGCCUGCUUGCUGGGGUCUGUGAUGUGAGGAAUGUGGGCUGGGUUUUCUCCUGAAGUUUGCCUCGUGACUUCCCACAGACUGCUGCCUUCAGCGGCAGGAAGGUCAGCAUUAAGGAUGUGCUGGGGGGACCUUAGCAGGGGGAUCGCGUAACCUCAGAACCAGAAGUAGCGGGACGUGCCAAGUGUUUCUGUGAAUGAAGAAUAAAACCUGCUUUUGUCAGGGUGGUAGAGUAGACCUUGGGGUACUGGCUGUUAACAUGUGUUCAGGUACUUGUUUUUGCAGGGUGAGAUGAGCCAUUUCAGAAAUCUGGGCAAGGAACAGUGGUAGCAUUUGAGCCCUGCCUUCUCACUCCAGGUGGCCACCGAGACCCGCAGCAGGUACGUCCGUGCCGCCGCUGGGGUGGGAGGGGAGCCCCGGCACCCGGCCGGGAGCGUGGAGGUGUCACACUCGGGGGGAGAUGCAGCCCCGUGCCAGAGGUGCCCCAGGUAAAUGGGCACCUUUUGAGAGCAACAGGGCGGUGAAGUGCUCCCAAAAAGUGGGCGUAGCCGUGCCUGUCAGACUUGCGUUUGCGUGCUCUGCUGUCGGCACAGUUCCCCACGCAGCGUGCCCCGUGCGUCCAGCUGAUGCACCGGGGAGCGUAGUGCCGGAGCAGGGGGCACCGUGCUGCCUGCUCAUCCUGCAGCUGUGGUGGUGUCAGCCCUGCUGAAACCUCCUUCCUAGGAAGAGGAGCGUGCUUCCCUGCAAGGAGCGGGGGAAGCUCCAGGUGUUGCUUGUCACCAAGGGGCUCGGGUAGGUGACUUUCUUCUUUGCUAGAGGAAAGCUGUCGUGGCUGCUGGAAAAAUACCCCAAGUGCGUGGGGUUUGGGGUCCUUCUUGCUAAGAAAGCAGCUACAUUGCUGCUGAUAUUCCAGCAGCAGAACAGUUAACAGAGUAAUCAGUUUCAUUAAAAAAAAAAAAAAAAAAAGUAUUCUAAUUUGGUGAUGGUGAGCUGGCAAGGAAAGUAGGUUGGUGAGGAGGGAAAGAAGGCACGUGGCCCCUGAAAUACGAGGGGGGCUCAUCUGCUCUCAGCACCGGCCGUGGCUGCUGCCACUGGAAGUCAACAGGAGGUGUUGAGUGGAAUGGGGGUAGGUGAAACGACAGCACAGCAUCCCUGGGAAGAAGUGUGUGUGGAUGUUGUGGGCAGGGAAACGUCUGUUUUGGAACCUGCUUGUGUGCAGGAGCGUGCGGGAAGCCUCGUGGUCUUGGAAGAUAAGCAUGCAGAGAUGCUCACGCCCAGUUCAGAAGCACUGGAGCUGAGCAUCGCCAGUGUUCUCUGGCCUGGGAUCUGCAGAGCUCUUCAAGGGAUCCGAGAAUGGAACCUAAGGAAACGAGCCAGGCUGCAGUGCAGGAAACUUUGCUCUGCAGAUUUUGGAAAUUCCCUUGGAAGAACCUCAAGGGUGGCAAGUAAAGGUUGAAAACAGGUAGCACCAGGCAGAUUUCAAAGUGCUGUUUUCUGAAUGUUACGCUUCCUAGCAUGUGUUAAAGCUGUUGAAGACUGAAGUUUGCUUUCAUUUCAGUACUGUCUCCUUCAUGUCAUUCCUUCUACUUAAACUCCGCAGCCAAGGAGAGGGUGCAGAGAAGACAAAGCCAAACCCUCUCAGAGGCACGUGGUGGAAGGAGGAGCAGCAGUAGGCAGAAGUUUAUACACGGGAAGCUCAGGUUAGGUAUAAUGAGAAACUUUUUCACCAUGAACAUAGCCAAACAUUGGAACAGAUUGUCCAAAAAGGCUGUGAGAUCACCAGCCUUGGAGAUACUCAAGACCUGGCAGGUAAAAUCCCGAGCAACCUGCUUGAAGCAAGCCCUGCUUCGAGGUGGGAGGCUUAGACCCAAAGGUCUGCCCCUCCCUCGGGUAUUUGGGGCUUCUCUGUCACCCCACGGGGGUAUAAGACACUGCCCCGCCACGUGCUGUGCUGCGUUAUAUGAAACGAGGGGUAGAGACUUACCCCACCACUGCAUUUCCAGUCACAUUGUUUUUUUUAAUUUGUCAAGGAUUACUCCAUGACAGAGCAUCUUGUCUACAAAGGUCUGUGGAGAAGUCCAGCUGCGCCCAAGCGUGAGUGCAGCUUCCUUUUUUUCAUCAGACUAAGCCAAGCUAUAUAUAUAUUUUUUAUAGAAUUAUCAUAUAAAAAUGGGCAGCUUUAAUGGGCUUCCUAGUUCCUAUCAGUUAAGCUUUUGAAAUAUAUUCAGGUGUCUUUUAAAUACUGCUGUGUAACUUCCUUGUUUAAUCUGACAUAUUCUGAGUUAUUAUUUUUCUGCAGUUGUCUAAGGCAGUACUUUAAAAAAAUAAGUGCGUUAUUUUUUUGCCAACUGUCAGUUAUGUUAAGCCUCCAGCUUUACUUAGAUUUUGUAAAUGUGCUUAACCCUCCUCAGCUUUAUGGUUAAAUGUCUUCAUUAUUUUUAUUAUUAAUUGCAGUGAACUUAUUUAUUUAAACCUUCCCAUUAUGUUUGCAGUCUGAACCAAUACCAUUCACUAAGGCCCACAAAAACUGUGAAACUCACUAGAAAGUAAAAAUGAAGCUAAAUUGGUUAGUUUUACUACUGGUCAUAAAAUACAGAAAGUAGCAGCAUAAAAAAAUAUAAAAAUUACUGAGUCUGGGGGAGGAAUCAUGAAGCCUCAGAUAAGAAACUUCACUUGGAAAUGAGCUACAACCUGAUGAUGAUCUUUCACUGGUUCCCCAUUUGGUCAAGGUCAGAAGCUGUCUUGAGAUCAAGAGGUUUUUCUGGGGUCCUUUUUUUUUUUUUUUCUAUUGAUGCGUUUAGGGCAUUGGUUUGGUAUGGAUGCUCCCAUGAUGCUAUUUUCUUAGACAUCUUACACGUCUAAGGAAACUAUGGAUAACUGUGAAGCUUUUAUUUAAUACUUCAUUGCAUUAAGUUGGUAACUGAGCAACUGUUGGCUUAACAGAGGCACGGGGUGGUGGGGAGAAGGAAGGUGCCACGCCAUUGUUGAGGCAGGUAGCUGUGAGUUACACUAACACAAUAGGGACAGUGCAAUUCUCUGGAUUACAGCUUCAAGCUUGGCUAAAAGCGUGAAACGUGCCUCGCAUCACCCCUGCGGCUGUUCCCUGGCCUCGGGGUGCUUUGCUGGAUGCACCAACGUGACCAAAAGCCAAGGUGAGGCAGUCUCAAGUUUGCUCUGUAAAAAUACAGGGACAGGGUUGCUGUCAGCACAGGAUGUCCCACGUGUGUGGUUAGAGGCUGAGGGCAAACAUGAUCUCUGACGAAGAUUCAGGGACUCAUUUUGUACACGGUGCAGGUACUUUCCUUAAGGGUUUGAUGGUUUCCAAAGCCAGGGUUCUGCUGUUAGGUGAAGCAGCAGAUCUGGAUCACAGGAUCCAGAUGGAUCACAUCCAUUUGGGGAUGGAGGGCAGAAUUUGUCCUGCCCUAUGCCCAAGAUGAAAGCCCUUCAACUCCCCUGAAGUUCUUGCCUGGGAAAAAGCCCUGCGCCGGUUUCCAGGGCUGUGUUGUCCCAGAGCAAGCGACUACGAGAAAUAUUUUGAAGUGCAAGGGGAGUGUUGUAACUCAAAUAAUGCAUGUGUCUUUUGUGAUCGCGUAUAUAAUAUUGCUGACAGGUAGGAGAAGACAGGCCAAGGACAGAGUAAUCCUUGCUGGCACAACAGGGACUUUGCUGAAUAAGCUCUUUUAAAAGUUGAGUUAGGAAGAGAAUAAUAUGCAGCUCUAUGUUCUUGUGGUAAUUUAUUCCUCACCUUGGGCCCCGUGCUUACAAGGAGGGCCAGUGAAGGACAAGGGCAGACUGUAUCGGAGGCUAGUUGACAGAAAUGAAAGCAAGCUAUUCAAAAAUAGUGCUUUUGUCUGAAAAAGGGAAGGGAAUGUAUGUCGUUUUCCCCUAAGCCUCUGGUAUCUUAAACACUAGCUAAAGCUCUCAUGAGCUGUGCCCCAGUUGUUGCUGAAGGUGCCCUCUGCCCCUUCUUUCCCCAGCCUCACCCCCCUCUUUCCUGUACAACACUGUGAAUAUGACACCAGUAGCUCUUUUUAACAUUUCCAUUAAACUUGCUCAGAGCAUGAAAUGCUGUCCUAUGCUGUCACGUGGUGACACUGUAGAUGAGCUGUGACUGAGAGCCCUGUUCAGCUGAACAAUAACCCCCAAACAGGGACACCGAUGAUUUAGCACUUCCACACGGAGCAGUGGAAGAGGAGAGCAUUGUAACAGGAGUUAACAACCUAAGUGGUUUUAUAUAGCAAUUUGCUAAUCAAAUUUGAUUUUGUAACGAGCUAAACUGACAAUCAAUUUCUAAAAUAGAAAAAGCCUCUUGGAGGGAAUAGUUGAGUAUGUCUUCAACAGAAAGAUUUAACUGGGCUAACUUUAAAUGAAGAGCACAGGAUUUUUUUCCUUUUUGUUUUUGAGCAAUCACUCCAGAAAUUGAGUUGCGUUACGCAGCGGAAGAUUCACAGGACAGUAACUACCUCUCUCUCUCGGAGUGCUGAGGUUGCCAUGCUACACACUAUCAGCAAAGCUUUCACUUCAAACAGGUUUGUUUUCCUUACCUCCACGUUUCAGAAACGCAGGUCUGCUCUGUAAAGUGACUCUAUGAAAAUGGCAUCUGGCAGGAGCGGGGAGAGCCUUUCAGGUGCCAUCGUCCCUCUGACGCCGGUUCCUCGCCACGCGACCCCUGUGGACGAGCUUCAGGGCUGUGAGCGUGCAGGGUGCGUGCGUUCCUUCGCGUGUUCUGCGUCACAGCAAACCGGCCUGGGGCCACGGGCCGAGGGCUGAACUGCUAACUAGGAACCGAGCUAGCAGCGCGGAGGGUGAGAGGAGAAUCCCUCUCCCUUCCGCCUCCAAGGGAGCAGGCAGCAGUGAAAAGCAAUAAACUUAAAUAAAAAUAACACUUUUAUACGUUGGUCAUUAGUCAGCAGAUCUGACUCUGCAAAUUUAUAUAUAUUAUACAAGCAUACAGGGAGCAGAUCUGUUGUGAAAAGGUGCCAUUUUUUUCUAAACAGAGUCCCUUUCCAAACUAGAACAGCACUUUAAAUAGGUUCCUCUUAAAAAAAAAAAACUAAAAAAGAAAAAAAAAAAGAAAAAACCCUUUACUGAAGAAAUGCACUUUAAAUCGUAAGAUGAGUAUGGCUGUUACAGGUUUUUGAGACAGCUGUACAGGCAGGGGGCUUGCUGUCAGCCACAGCCCGGGAGGGAGCGAUGGUGCCAGACCCUCGGCUGCCACCGGCAGCCCCAAAACUACCGCAGCUCUACCUCCCGCUCCCGCACCCCUCCGGGCCCGGCGCUGCCCCUGCCAACGUUACGGACAGGAUUUUCCACCCCAGCCACAAAGCUGGUUGCAGCUCAGCCAUGCUGUAGCACUAACAGGACUGGCAUGCGUUGACCUGUUGGAAUACUUUUGUAAAACGAUCAAAAAAAAAAAAAAAAAAACAACAACAAAAAAGAAACCCACCCUUGCCUGUAAAGACUCUUGAAACCCCAUUUGUAGUAGGUCAGAAGUUGCACCAAGUUGUGACACAGCAGACGGCCCAUCUGUGGGCACCAGGCUGAGCAAAGCCAUGGUGAAGCUGUUACUGAGGUUGGGGGGGGGGGGGGGGGGGGGAGCCCAUACUGUAGAUAAGGAGCCCUAGUCAGUUCAGUAUUUAAAAAUAAUAAUGAAAAUCCAAGUUGGUGUGUCCCACAUUGAUUCCGCUCUGAGCUGGUUUGCAGAGUAACCAUUAAUAAGAAAAAUUGUGCUGUCACCAUCAACUAUUGGCCUAUACAUCCAACUUUUUAGGACAGGUGUCCUAACACUCAAGACUUAUUUUCACAGUUAAGAAAGUUCCUGCUGUGCUAAUUAUUAUUUUUUCAAUUUUAUUUUUGGUUGCAAUCCUUAUUUCAAAAAAAAAAGUCAGUGUUCACACUUAGUCUGCAGUAGGUUGAAGUGUGAUCCUGCUGUGUGUAACUUGUGGAUAUCAGACUGUUCUUAAAUGAUUUUACAAGCUGCGCCCAAGCUGGUCCUCUGCCCUGGCUUUUCUUUUCCUCGUCCAGUGGCAGCUGGCAGAGGCAAAUGCUCCAGCAGGGCUGUGUGCUCUCAGGCUGGUCACAUACAGCAACAGCCACUGCUGCUGGAAGGGGCCAGGCAAAGGCAGUGCGAGAACCAGAGUUGGGGAAGGGGGAAUAUAACAAAGGUAGAGGGAUUGUACAAUUGCAUUUAAAGCAGUUUAACAAAAAAGCGCUCUCGUCAGACAGCUUUAAGAACAAUGUGAAUGAAAACUUAGCAACUUGGGUAGGAAUCUUUGAAAAUUCUAUAAAUGUAUACUUGAAAUUCUGUUUGUAUUAAAACAAAUUGCAUUUUCUUCUUUCUUUUAACACUGUGUAAAAGAACAUUAUGCAUGUGAGUGGUUUGAGAAUUAAAUGGUUUAAUACUCA